GGUUUAAAUAUAUCAGGCAAUCCUCAAAAUAUCACGACACUAUACAGCUUGAACUAGCCGUCGACUCGCCGUCAGUCGUCAGAUUCUCCGGCUGCCGAAGAUGGAUUGCUUGACCUCCUACUUUUUACCCGCCACAUUAGCCUUCUCUAAGUCCUCCGUUUCAGCUUCUAAGCUGCCAUUUUUCGCCGCCGCUCGUGGAGCCUUGCCGGUGUUUGGUGUUCUCAGAGCCUCUCGUACCGCCGAUGCGCCGCUGUCCGUCGACGAUUCGCCGGAAAACCGCGAUGAUAAGGAGGUUAAACUUUGGGGCGGUCGUUUCGAGGAGAGCGUUACCGAUGCGGUUGAGCGAUUUACCGAAUCGAUCUCCUACGAUAAGCAGCUUUACAAGCACGAUAUCAGAGGGAGUCGAGCUCAUGCUUCAAUGCUAGCUAGUCAGGGAUUGAUGAGUGUUGCUGAAAGGGACAGUAUCAUUGAAGGUUUGGAUGAAAUUGAGAGGCGAAUUGAAAGUGGUGAUUUUGUUUGGAGAACGGAUAGGGAGGAUGUUCAUAUGAACAUUGAGGCUGCCUUGAUUGAUAUGAUUGGUGAACCUGCGAAGAAGCUACAUACAGCUCGAAGCCGCAACGAUCAAGUUCUAACUGAUUUUCGAUUGUGGUGCCGGGAUGCAAUUGAUGCUAUAUUAGAUGCUAUUAGGUACCUUCAAGUUUCCAUGGUAACUCUGGCAUUGAAGAACGAGGGAUUAAUCGUUCCGGGCUAUACUCAUUUACAAAGAGCGCAACCGGUUCUACUUCAGCAUCUUCUCUUAGCCUUUGUUGAGCAGCUUGAAAGAGAUGCUGGUCGUUUGUCGGAUUGCAGAGUUAGGCUAAAUCUUUGCCCGCUAGGUGCAUGUGCGCUGGCUGGCACUGGCCUUCCUAUUGAUCGUUUUAUGACUGCUGAGGCUUUAGGGUUCACCGCUCCCUUGAGAAAUAGUAUCGAUGCAGUUUCAGAUCGAGAUUUUGCCUUGGAAUUUCUUUCUGCCAAUGCCAUCACCGCCAUCCAUCUUUCAAGGCUAGGAGAAGAAUGGGUGCUGUGGGCUUCCGAAGAGUUCGGAUUCAUAACACCCAAUGAUUCUGUUUCAACUGGAAGUAGCAUAAUGCCUCAGAAGAAAAAUCCCGAUCCGAUGGAACUUGUUCGUGGGAAGUCGGCUAGAGUCAUCGGAGACUUGGUCACCACUCUCACUUUAUGCAAAGGUCUGCCUUUGGCCUACAAUCGUGAUUUGCAGGAAGACAAGGAACCUGUAUUCGACAGCGUAAAAACAAUAUUGGGGAUGCUCGAAGUGUCAGCUGAGUUUGCUCAGAAUAUUUCGUUCAAUCGGGAGAGAAUCGAAAAGGCUUUACCUGCUGGUUAUCUCGACGCCACAACACUUGCCGAUUACCUCGUGAAGAAGGGAAUACCUUUCAGAACAGGCCAUGAUAUAGUUGGAAAGUCUGUUGCCUUGUGUGUCACAAAAAGUUGCUGCCUCCAGGACUUGAGUCUGGAUGAGCUAAGAAGCAUAAGUCCAGUAUUUGAAGAGGACGUUUAUGAGUUUCUCGGGGCCGAGAACGCGAUUAAUAAAUUUUGUUCGUAUGGUUCCACAGGAGCUGCCUGUGUUGCUACUCAAAUGGAAUACUGGGUUAAUAAACUCCAAAUCAAUCUGUAGAUCUGGUUUGCAAGCCAUCUGGAAAUGGCUGUUUUCAAGUCCAAGAUCCUGCAGUGCAAGCAUUCUGGGGCCACAGGUACGAGUUCUAGGCAGAGUAUGAUGGAUAACUGUGGGUUGAAAUUAGGAUAUAUUAAGGUAUUUUAUAUGAAUGUUUAUUGUCGAAUUUUGUAUCUCUUAACUAAUCGUUGAUGGUUGGAUUACUCUCAAAACGUUAAAUAAACUUUAGUUAUGACCUUCAU